UCCAUAUUAUAUUUCUAUAUCUCAAACUAAGAAAACCCAAACAUCACUGUUCUUUCUUUCUUUCUUUCUUUCAAAAACACAUUCCUUUUCUCUAUAACUGAAAAUUCCCCUACAUAUCUCAGCUUCUUCUUCCAAUUAAAAGACAACAAAAACAGUACAAAAAUGGGGCUAAGAGACAUUGGAGCAAGUUUGCCUCCUGGUUUUAGAUUCUAUCCAAGUGAUGAGGAACUGGUCUGCCAUUAUCUUUACAAGAAAAUCACUAAUGAAGAAGUUCUCAAGGGUACUUUAGUCGAAAUCGACUUGCAUACUUGCGAGCCAUGGCAGCUUCCUGAGGUGGCUAAGCUAAACGCAAAUGAGUGGUAUUUCUUCAGCUUCAGAGACCGGAAGUACGCAACCGGAUUUCGAACCAACAGGGCAACGACAUCUGGAUACUGGAAAGCUACAGGAAAAGAUCGUACAGUUCUGGACCCUGCAACUCGUGAGAUUGUAGGAAUGAGAAAGACUUUAGUGUUCUACAGGAACAGAGCUCCUAAUGGGAUCAAGACUGGUUGGAUCAUGCAUGAGUUUCGUCUUGAGACCCCACAUAUGCCUCCUAAGGAGGACUGGGUAUUAUGUAGAGUAUUUCACAAAAGCAAAGGAGAAAACAGCAACAAAUUAUAUAACCCACAGUACAUGUUUGAGACAACAGAUAGUAGUGGUCCAUUAAAUUUAGCAGUUUCUCCUCCAUUAACUGGCCAACAAGCUCUGGUUUGUGGGUUUCAUCAGCAAAUCACCUCAUUAUCUUCUCCACAUCAAAUAAGCCAUGACCAGACCUCUUUAUUAAACCUUCUCCAACUUUCACAUGAAAGAAAUAACACAAACCCUAUAACUACUACUACUGACAUGAGCUCUAAGGAAAACGAUGAUUAUGGGUUUCUGUGGGAUGACAUGCACUUGGAAGAAACUGAUAUGGGAGAUGGAGGAGCUUCAAGCUUGGAAAAUAUUAGAUUUGAAAUGGGUAAUAAUAAUAAUAUGGUUUUGCUAUAAUUUUUUUUAUUAGAAAAAGAAAAAAAAUAUAUUUAUGUAUAUACCCAUUUGUUGAUUUAUGAUAUAUGUAAUUUGUGGUGUUUGGAUUUGAGGGAAAACUCUAGGUUUGAUUGGAUCAAAUGUUUUAAUUAGGAAAUCAAGAUUUGUGUUAGUUUGCUUAGGGUUUUUUUUUUUU